AUGGCGCACUCUCGCCACGACAGCAUCAGCAGCUACGAUAGUGACGACCUUGAUGCUGGGUUUGGGCGGCCUGCUAAGCGCGCGAGAGUAGCUGAUGGUGCUACUGCUACCGACGCGGUUGCUUCACUGACGAGUUUUGUACGCGAUAUCAAUCCGCCUGCGCGGGCUGGGAGCGCAGCAAUCUGCGACGAGGAUGCUGAAGCUGCGACGAGAGAUGGUGCCAGUGAUGCGGAGAGCACGACAGCAGAUGAGAGCGAGGCUGAGGAAGCGAUUCCAGCGCCGCUGGGCGAGACGGAGUUCGUGUCUUCGCCGAUAGAGUUGACGCGGAUCCGUGAUUUGCCUGCGGCAGCGAAUCGGGAUACCGUGAGCUUGGGGGAUAUCCUCUGUGAUCCGAUGAUUGCCGAGUGUUGGCAGUUCAACUACACCAUUGAUGUGGAUUUUAUUAUGGAGAACCUGGAUCCCGAUGUUAGGGAGAUGGUUAGGCUGAAGGUUGUCCAUGGGACUUGGAGGAAGGAGGAUCCGCAGUGGGUGAGGCUUGAGGAAUCCAAAAAACGGUACCCCAACCUCGAAGUCAUCCAAGCCUACAUGCCCGAACCAUUCGGCACCCAUCAUUCCAAAAUGAUGGUCCUCUUCCGCCAUGACGACAGCGCACAAGUCAUUAUCCACACAGCAAACAUGAUCCGCCAAGACUGGCGUAACCUUACGCAAGCCAUAUGGCGUUCCCCGCUCCUCCCCUUGCUGUCCAAACCCCCCAACAGUGCCAAAACCAGCAUUCCAACGCCCAGCAGCACGCAACAACCCCCUCCGCCUUCGCGCCCCCACCACCCCAUCGGUAGCGGCGCCCGCUUCCAAACUGACCUCCUCCGCUACCUCGCCGCAUACGGGCGCAGAACGCUUCCACUGCGCCAACAACUUCAGAAGUACGACUUCUCGGCCGUGCGCGCCGCCCUUGUCGCUAGUACACCCUCCCGCGUGAAGCUCGAUGAGUGCGAUCCCGCCGCGCACACCAGCUGGGGCUGGCCUGGCCUGCGCGAGGUCUUGCGCUGCAUUCCUAUCUGCGAUGCAUCUUCCUCUGCCUCUUCUCCCUCCAGCUCUUCCGUCAUAGCGCAAGUUUCCUCCAUCGCCACCCUCGGCCAGACAGACACCUGGCUGCGCCACUUCCACAACGUGCUCUCUAGCCACGCACCAACGGCACCAACGUCAACUAUGGCGACUCCGACACCUCCACCGCCGCGCCUCAAGAUCGUCUGGCCCACAGCCGACGAAGUCCGCACCAGUCUCGAUGGCUACGCCAGCGGCGCCAGCAUCCACCUCAAAGCCCAGAGCGCGGCGCAGAUGAAGCAGCUCGCGUAUCUACGGCCUAUGAUGUGUAGGUGGGCAGGCCAGCCUGCGGCACAACUCGCCACGCCGCCCAGCAGUGGCGGCAGUAACGGUAUCAGCGGUGCUGUUGGUAGCAGUGAAAGAGGAGGAGAAGGAAGAGGAAGCGGUGCAGCGCUCCGCGGCCCCGCCGCCCCGCACAUCAAGACGUACACGCGCGUCUCGGGCGGCAGCCACCACCAACGCGUCGAGUGGGCGCUGCUGACGUCGGCGAACCUGUCGACGCAGGCGUGGGGCGCGCUGCCUACGGCUCCGAAGCCGAAGUCUGGCGGCAGCAGCAACAGCAGCAGCAGAAACACGAAGAAAGCCAGUGAAGACGAAGACGAGACGGGCAAGGACGUCCGCGUCUGCAGCUACGAGAUCGGCGUUGUGUUGUGGCCGGCGCUGUGGAGCCGCGAUGGCGCGGACGCGGCUAUGGUGCCUGUGUUUGGGCGGAACGUGCCUUGCGCUGGUGACGUUGGCGGCGUUGACGAUGAUGGCGAGGGUGGUGGACGCGGAGGAGGAGGAGGUGGUGGUAGUAGUAGUGGUAGCAGUAGUAGCAGUGGUAGCAGGGGUGGAGAAAGCGCAGAGAAAAGGGCAAGUGUCGUUGUCGGCUGGCGCGCGCCGUAUGAUGUCCCGCUGGCGGCGUACUCGGAGACCGACGAGCCGUGGUGUCCCGGACGGGAGUAUCAGGGCGUGGAUGUGAAGGGCUGUGUUUGGCAGGGGUGGGGUGCGUGAGGUAGGUACUAAGGGAGUGUGAGAUGGCUGGGAUGAUGGGCGGGAUGAGCCAUCAGGAUAUAGCUGUUAUGUAAAUAUUUGAUAGGCUCUACGAGUGGUGACUGGAUGGCAGCUUAAUACUACAAUACCUAGACCUCCGCC